UCUUCAAGGAAUUAUGUAAAAAGAUAUUUUUUCAUAGACCUUGUUUCCUCUAUUCCUUAUACUUGGUUUUAUAAACAACGCAUAUUGCCACCUGGACCUAAUUCAAAUUCCAUAUUUCUUUUACUCGAGAUCUUGCCUAUAUUAAAGAUUAUAAGAUUAGGUACACUGUAUCAUUAUCUUAGACAACUUAAUAUUACUUUUGGAUGUUCUCAUGCCAAAAAAAUAAUUACUUGGCUUAUUAUCCUGACUUUAUUAAUUUUUCAUUGGAGCAGCUGUUUGUCUUAUCUAUUUCCAUAUAUUGUAAUGCAUAUAAUCGGAGAUAGUAUGGAGAACUCCGGAACAUAUUUAAUACACACAGGAUUAUAUAAACAAUCUGAUUGGAUUAUUUAUUUACAAUCUUUGCAUAUUGGUUUAAGUAAUUUAAUUGGAUUUAAUUUUAUUGAAUUCCAAUCAUUUGGAACUUUAGAUAAAAUUACUCACUGUAUAUUACUUACCUUUGGAAAAGGCUACAUGAUUUUGCUUAUCUUGCAAUUAUUUGAAUCGUUGGCUGAAUCAGAGCUAAAAUACCAUGAAAUUAUACACGGUGUAACAAAUUAUGUUAAAGAAAAAAAACUUCCGAAACAUCUUCAAGAUAAACUUCUUGCUUAUUACGAAUACAGAUUUCAAGGGCAUUUUUUUAAAGAGCAAGCUAUAUCAAAUACUCUUUCUAAUCAUCUUAAUCAAGAAAUUAUGAUACAUAGUAGUCAUGGUUUAUUAGAAACUGCAAAAAUACUUCAAAAUUUACCACCAAAUGUGCUUGGAAAUUUAAUUGUGGUUUUAAAACCAGUUAUUUACAUGGAAACCGAUGUAAUUUAUAAAUAUCAUAAAGAAGGUGAUUGUAUGUACUUCAUAGCUAGUGGAACAGUUGCACUAAUUACUUUUUGGGGUAAAGAAAUUUGCCAUCUUGAAAGUGGUGAUCAUUUUGGUGCCGAAGUUUUACUUAAUUCUCAAAAACGAAGAUAUGAAUCAGUUUUAGCUUUAGAAGUGUGUGAACUUCUACGUUUGGAUCGUCAAAAUUUUAAACUUGUUGUUCCUCGCGAAUCUGAAUUAUUCAAUAGAAUUGAAAAAGAUACAAUGAAGAGAAUUAAGUUAAUUGAAGAAUUGGAAAAGCUGCAUCAAAGGUCUGAAAAAGCAAAAAAAUAAA